AUGCAGCCCGCAGUGUCACUCGAGCUUGGCACUAUCAUAUGGGCUUGUUCAGCACAUGUUGUCCGAGGUAGUGAUGCCGGUGGUGGUAGUGGUGUCCCCCGGAUUGCGGCUCCUUCAUCCCCCGAAAGGCGGCCGGCCUCAUGCUGGCUGUCGCCGGGGCUCGAGUUCUCGCCACUGACUGCGGUCUCGAUUCCUGGGAGUGUGCUCCCUCCUACUCGGCCGUCCCGCCUCGCCACCGCUGCCAUCGAAUCGGCCGCCCUCGUGGCUGGUUGCCCCCAUGGCGACUAUAAGUGCGAGUGCUCUAAGAAGGAAGAGCUUCAAGGCAUGAUUUUCGACGAGGUCGUUGCCAACUGUGGUCUGCUCGGCGGCCUCGAUGUUGUAAAGGCCGUCUCCUACCUUUGCGACUGCGACGCUACGGCAUCCACCUUUACCGCAUGCCCGACCGUUGCUCCCAGCUCCACCAUCUCCGAACCUCCUGUCAUCACCGAGCCUCCCGCCACCCCUACCGACUGUGGCCUCGACUCUUGGGAGUGCGCUCCUCUCUACUCCUCUGUCCCCGCCUGUGCCACUGCUGCCAUCGAAUCGGCUGCCCUCGAGGCCGGUUGCGCCCACGGCGACUACAAGUGUGAAUGCUCCAAGAAGGAGGAGCUCCAGGGUAUGAUCUUUGACGAGGUUGUUGCCAACUGCGGCCUCCUCGGUGGUCUUGACGUCGUCAAGGCCCCCUGCGCUUCCGCCACCGUUGUUCCCAGCUCUACCGCCAACUCUGAGGCUCCUAUCAUUACCAGCGCUCCUGUUGUUCCUUCUGGCGAGCCUUCCAGCCAGCCUCCCAUCACUAUCACCACCACCUCCUCUCCUGUUCAGCCUUCCGGCAACCCCACUGGGCCGUGUGGCGAGGAGAGCUGGGCUUGUGCUCCCGAAUACGCUGCCGUGCCUGUGUGCGCUGUUGAUAUUAUUGCCAACGCCGGUGUCUCUCUCGGCUGUGCUGCUGGCGACCACAAAUGCGAAUGCAGCAAGAGCGCUGAAAUUCAGGAGGUGGUUUUCGACGACGUUAUUGCCUCCUGCGGCCUCCUCGGUGGUCUCGAUGUCAUCAAGGCUCCUACCUUCAAGCCUUGUGAUGGCAAUGCUGGACCUAGCUCGUCUGUCCCUAUCCCCAGCGGCGGUGGCUCUACCACCAUCAUCACUACCGACAUCGUUACUUCGGACUGCUCUACCUCCACCUCUGGCCCCGUCGUUAUCCCCUCCACCACUGUCGUUCCCGGUCCUGAGCCCUCCGGCCCUUGUGGCGAGGAGAGCUGGGGAUGCGCGGCCGAGUUUGCUGCCGUGCCCCAGUGCGCCGUUCCCAUCAUUGAGAAGGCCGCUCUCGCUCUUGGCUGUGCUAAGGGCGACCACAAGUGCGAGUGUGCCAACGCCGAGAAGAUCCAGGGUGCUAUUGCCCUCGACGUUCUGAGCGCCUGUGGAGCAUCCAAGAUCACCGACGUGCUUUCUUCCGUCGAGGCCCUCUGCAAGUGUGAUGCCGCCAAGCCCACCUUCACUCCCUGCGGUGGUUCUUCUGGCCCCGGCCCUACCGCGUCCAACCCCGUCACCGACAGCCCCUCUCCCGGCCCCUCCAGCGUCGUUGUCGUUCCCUCUUCCGUCAUCACUUCCAGCCCCGGUACUCAGCCGUCUGGCACCGUCCCUGAGGGUCCUUGCGGCAUCGAUUCCUGGGAGUCUUGCGCCGUCCCUAUUAUCCAGAAGGCCGCUCUCGACCUGGGCUGCGCUGAGGGCGACCACAAGUGCGAGUGCUCCAACGCCGAGAAGAUCCAGGGUGCUAUUGCCCUCGACGUUCUGAGCGCCUGUGGAGCCGCCAAGGUCACCGACGUUCUUUCUUCGGUUGAGGCCCUUUGCAAGUGCGACUCUGCCAAGCCCACUUUCACCGAGUGUGGUUCCAACCCCGGCCCUACCGACGGUAACGGCGGCGGCCCGGCCCAGCACUUCUGCUUCUGGCGGUGGCUCCAACCCCGGCCCCAGCACUUCUGCUUCGCGGUGGCUCCAACCCGGCCCACUGGCGGCAACGGCGGUGGUUCCGGCCCCGGCCCUGCUCCCUCCACCACUGAUGCUGGCGACUGCCCUGCCGUCACUGACAAGGGUGACCACGCCUGCGAGUGCAAGAACAAGAAGGAGAUUCAGGGUCUCGUCUUCGACGAUGUGCUUUCUGGCUGCGGUGUCACUAAGGGUGCCCAGGUAAUUGCCGCCGUUGAGGCUCUUUGCGCUUGCGAUGCCUCUGCUCCUACCUUUACCGCUUGCGGUGCUGUUGCCCAGCCUACUGGUGGCUGCAGUGGUGGUUCCCCCGGUGGUGGUGGAUCUGGUGGCUCUUCGUCCUCCAGCUUCGUCACUGUCACUCACUCCACCAUCAUCACCUCUGCUGGUCCUACCGGCGGCAAUGGCGGUGGCUCUGGCUCUGGACCUACCGGCGGCAACGGUGGUGACGGCUCUGGCUCUGGACCUACCAGCGGCAACGAUGGCGGUGGCUCCGGUGGCUCUGGCCCCAGCUCUUCCGCUCCCGGUGGUGGCUCCGGUGGCUCCGGCCCCAGCGGCACCGGUGGCUCCGACGUGCCCGUCCCCUCGCCCUCGGAUGCCAUCCCUCCUCCCCCUGUCACCGGUGGUGCUUCCAAGAUGAUGGCCAGCACCGGAUGCGUUGCCCUGAUGGCUGCCCUCUUUGCUGUUCUUCUCUAA